GCGACCCCGGAUCCAUCGGUGAGGCAGGAAAAGGAGCGCGGAGAGCUGCUCCUCAGAGCUUUGCACGAUUUCCACCGACGUCGGCGGAAACGCCAGAAGGAAAGAAGCGGCAAAACGGAGAAUCUGUAUUUCCGCAAUGUUGCCUACUUCAUCGAUCUCAUGGAUGAGAACGACACGGCCAGACGACACCGCGAGCGGAAGGAGUCGAAGAGACGACUGCGAAAGGAG